AAUGCAGUUCUCUUUGUAGUACUAAAAAUGGGGAAUAGUGGGUCCCCAAUGACUUCUCUUCUUGCCACUCUUGUGGCUGUUUUACUCUCCUUCAUUAGCUUGCCAGCAGAAGCCAUUGAUGGUCACUAUAUCUACUCUUCUCCACCACCGCCAAAGAAGUACCCACCGCCACCAUCUCCUCCUUACCAUUAUAAAUCUCCACCCCCACCUCCACCACACAAGUACCCACCACACCCACCAAAGAAGUACCCACCACCACCAUCUCCUCCUUACCAUUAUAAAUCUCCACCCCCACCUCCACCACACAAGAAGUACCCACCACACCCACCAAAGAAGUACCCUCCACCACCAUCUCCUCCUUACCAUUAUAAAUCUCCACCCCCACCUCCACCACACAAGAAGUACCCACCACACCCACCAAAGAAGUACCCUCCACCACCAUCUCCUCCUUACCAUUAUAAAUCUCCACCCCCACCUCCACCACACAAGAAGUACCCACCACACCCACCAAAGAAGUACCCUCCACCACCAUCUCCUCCUUACCAUUAUAAAUCUCCACCCCCACCUCCACCACACAAGAAGUACCCACCACACCCACCAAAGAAGUACCCUCCACCACCAUCUCCUCCUUACCAUUAUAAAUCUCCACCCCCACCUCCACCACACAAGAAGUACCCACCACACCCACCAAAGAAGUACCCACCACCACCAUCUCCCCCUUACAAGUACAAGUCACCACCACCACCUCCACCACACAAGAAGUACCCACCACACCCACCAAAGAAGUACCCUCCACCACCAUCUCCUCCUUACCAUUAUAAAUCUCCACCCCCUCCACCACCCAAGGUGUACCCUCCACCACCAUCUCCUCCUUACCAUUAUAAAUCUCCACCCCCUCCACCACCCAAGGUGUACCCUCCACCACCAUCUCCCCCUUACAAGUACAAGUCACCACCACCUCCUCCAAAGAAACCUUAUGUGUACAAGUCUCCACCUCCUCCUCCUCCAGUACACAAGCCACCACCACCCCAUUACAUCUAUUCAUCCCCUCCUCCUCCUCACCAUUACUAGAGAAUGAUAUAUCUUCUUCAAGGAAAAGGAGAGGAAUAUCCGAAUAAAGACCUAAAUGAAGGGAUGCCAUUGAAGAAAAAAGGGGACAGAAAAGCGAGUUUCCGCGUUUGAUGGACCUUUGUGUUUGUUUUAGAAGGAAUAAUAAAAAGAAAUGCAUGUUGUAUGUAUUAUAAACAAAUGUAGUGUGUGCCUGCUCCACAUAUGACUUGUUUCCAUGAAUGGACGAGUCAUAUUAUUAUCUAAUUUUCAAAGUUGUCGUCAAUCUAGGGCUUGAUUUUACAAUUUAUGUGAUAAACAAUGUUCCUCGA